CUUCCGAGUCCGCCAAUCCCGGCGUUGGGCAAGCGUGGCCUGGUAUCCGCAGCUCUGGAGGUUCGCGCGGGAGUGGGGGGGUGAAGGCGGAAGUGGCGGCGCCGGGUCCGGGAGUGGAAAGGAGCUGAGGCUGCAGCCCAAGUGGAGCGGCUGCCAGCCGAGGAGCAGGCGCGGCCGCGGCGCCAUAUUGCGGCCCUCAGCGGUCGCCACUGAGCCAUGGCCGAGACCUACGACUUCCUCUUCAAAUUCCUGGUGAUUGGCAGUGCUGGAACUGGCAAAUCAUGUCUCCUCCAUCAGUUCAUUGAGAAUAAGUUCAAACAGGACUCCAACCACACCAUUGGCGUGGAGUUUGGAUCCAGGGUGGUCAACGUUGGGGGGAAGACUGUGAAGCUCCAGAUCUGGGACACUGCCGGCCAGGAGCGCUUUCGGUCGGUGACGCGAAGUUAUUACCGAGGGGCAGCUGGAGCCCUGCUGGUGUACGACAUCACCAGCCGAGAGACAUACAACUCACUAGCUGCAUGGCUGACUGAUGCCCGGACGCUGGCCAGUCCCAACAUCGUGGUCAUCCUCUGUGGCAACAAGAAGGAUCUGGAUCCUGAGCGUGAGGUUACUUUCUCGAGGCCCUCCCGCUUUGCCCAGGAGAACGAGCUGAUGUUCCUGGAGACCAGCGCUCUCACGGGUGAGAACGUGGAAGAAGCGUUCCUGAAGUGCGCGCGCACCAUCCUCAACAAGAUCGACUCAGGUGAACUAGACCCCGAGAGGAUGGGCUCAGGCAUUCAGUAUGGUGAUGUAUCUCUUCGCCAGCUGCGGCAGCCUCGCAGCGCCCAGGCCGUGGCUCCUCAGCCUUGUGGCUGCUGAGACCUGCAGAGUCAGCCAGCUCACCUGUUCUCCUGGACCAGCCCUACCCGAAGGCUGGGGCCCAAAACCAGGCCCUAAGAGGAUAGGCCCCAAUCUGCCCUGGCCCCAGAAAAGCUACCCCAUCUCUCAUCCCCCCCCCUUCCCAGGCCUGGUGGGGCCUGGCUUUGGGGCAAGAUUGAGCCACAGGGGGAAGGGGGAACCCACACCUGCUGCUGUUUCCUCUGACUUGGCUAACUCUAUUCCCCCUAAACCCGUAACCAUAUCCUGAAGAACUCCCAGAGCUUGAGACCAGGGCCACUCGGCCCCACCUUCCUGCCUGGCCCUGCUGUUGCAAGUCUGUGUUAUUUAUUACCUGGAGGCCUGCUCCAUCCUGUUCCAGCCCUCCAUAAAGCAUUGUUUACACCUGU